AUGAACACUUCAUCAGUUCCAACUAAAGCACCAUGUCUGCAAAAUGAAGACUUCCUGUCAACAAUUAUGGCUCCAGCAAUUACAGUCAUCUUCAUUUUAGCUGCAGGCUUCAACAGUUUCUCCUUAUGGAUAUUGUGCUUUCAAGUAAAGAAAAAGACUCCGAUUGAUAUUUUGAUGCUCAAUCUGUGCGUAGGUGAUUUGCUGUUUUCAUUCACCAGCCCCUUUUUGAUCAUUUACUACAGCCACAAUCAUUGGAUAUUUGGGAGCUUUAUGUGCAAACUCCAAGUAUUCUUCACCAGUGGCUGUGUGUUGGCAAGUCUCUUCUUCCUGGCAUGCAUCAGCAGCUACCGCUGUUACAUGAUCACCAAACCCAUCCAGUUUCAACACAGAAUUACAAAGAAACGUACUAUUGCCAUCAGUAUAAUAAUAUGGUUGUUGGCUUGUGGUUUCUCGAGUCCAUCCUUUUACAUGAUCAACAAUUUUGAAAUGAAUGGAAAACUGUAUUGUUUGAGUUUUAAUGAACCACAUGUCUCACGCAUUUUACUGCCGUCAGGUAUUAUCUUAUUUGUUGUGGGUUGUGCAAUUCCAUUUGGAUUUCUGCUGGUCUCCACAAUAUUAAUGCAACGGGAAUUGGCCAAUUCUGCAUUAACAUCUCAAUCGCAACAAAGGAACCAACAUGCUGUCAAGAUGAUGGUAUUCGUAUUAUUCGUCUUCAUCAUCUGCUUUUUCCCUUUAGCUGUGGGGCACUUUUUGAUUGCUACUGUAGAUCGCAACAACUGUCUACUUUUCCAAAGAGCUGGCAUGGUUUACUAUUCAAGUCUUCUCUGCACUCACAUCAAUGGUGUUCUGGAUCCGAUUGUGUAUUAUUUUGCUAGCACCAAGUACAGAUCAAUGGUCAUUAAAGUCAUGAAAAGCUGGAAAUGCUUUAAAAAGCCUGUGGCUGCCAGCAGGGACCUGAAUGUCAAUGAAUAA